AUGAGCGACGGCCAUCGCAGCGCCUUAAGGACAAGGAAUGCAGUACGAGAACAGCUUCGCAAAUACGAUGAACUUGAUGAGGAGAUCAAAGCAAACAGCCAUGUGAUCACGAAUGCGAGAGAAGAACAGGGAGGGAGAAUCCUCCUCAACUUUGUAGAGAGGAGCAAUGCGCAGCUUGCGGAUGUGCAACAUCCGGUGGCGAUGUCGAAAGAAGCAGAAUGCUUCAAUCGUAUGAUCAAGUGUGGAGUUGAUCGCGCGAAGAAUGCGGACACGGAGGGAGGUCGUUUUAGCACCAAGCAGUUUGUAAUCAACACAGUGGAGAUGUACAGCGUUCGCUCUUUGAAUCCCUCGCAAGAAGAUGACGUGGACAUCGACUGGAGCAAGAUGGACCGACAUGCUGCUGCCUUCUGCGACUAUACACCUAGCAUUCACUUCAUGUCACACCCGCUUGGCAAGGACAUCCAACCCAAAGUGAGAAAGCAAGCUGUGAGGCAGAAGAGGCGACAGGUGGAGGAGACCACUCCUUUGACAGGCUCAGAUGCAAACAGCGACAAACGAAACAGUGAAAAGAGACAGCGACAAAUCAGGAGCAAGAUUGAGUCGUGGAGUCGGGAUUUCACAAUGAGAUUUGCUGAACUUUUCUUCAACCCUGACUCAUUCGGGGAGACAAUUGAAAAUCUCUUCGACUGCUCAGCCCUGGUGAAUCAAAACAUUCUAGCCCUCGAAAAGGAUCCGGCGCAAGGUCACAUCAUUGCAAAGAAGGUCGAUCAACACAGCGCGGCGUCUGAGAAUCAAGAGCCACGUCGGCAUGUGCUUAAGUUCGACAUGCAAGAGUUUGAGCGACUGAGGGCAGAGUUCCGGGGGAAGAAACCGUACUUCGUCUUCGACCCCGACCUUAACGACACCCAGCAGCAGCUGCACGUGAAGUGA